GCACGUGCCACUUAUUUGAGUUUAGAGGGAUUGUUUGUAAUCACAUCAUCACAGUACUUGUGCGUAACGGAGUUCACGUCCUACCAGAGUGUUACAUCAUGCAAAGGUGGAGGAGAGAUAUCAAAAGAGGAUACACAAGAGUUAAAAUUAACUAUGAUGGUUGGAUUACGACUAAAGAGCAACAACGGUUUGACAAGUUAUGCACCACAUUUGAAAGACUUGCGAAUAGUGUGGCCGAUGAUGAUGAACAUUAUGAACGCGUCUUGAAAUGGCUUGAAGGUGAAUUGAAAAAAUGCAACAUGUCAAAUGCUCGUUCAUCAAUUUGUGGAGUUAUGACUCAAUUAACGGACACCCCGCCAAUCCAAGUCAUAGGCGUGAACGCACAAACAAGUGUUCCUAUUGAAGAUCCAAACAGGACAAAACGUAAAGGCGCUCCGAGAAAGACUAGGCAAAAAGGACCUAUUGAAAAGGGGAAGAAAAAAGCAAAGGGGCGGCCGAAGAAGCAAGGGGUGAUAACAUCAGAG